AGAGGAGAGGAAGGGGAUCUCUUUUUGUCUGUCCGCUCCUUUUUUUUUAUUUUUUAUUUUUAUUUAGACGGUUGACUGUUGCGUUUACUCUCAACUGUCGUGUCACUCCUUGAUCCUUUUGGGACCCCUUCAACCUCCUCCACACACUCCUUUUCCCUCAGUAACACCUCCCAUACCCCAAAGUCGAUAUGGGUCUCCACUCGUUCCUCAAAACAGCAUCUGUUGCUGCGCUGGCAGUCGGUGGCAGCGAGGCGGCCAAAAUUAUCCAGGCCAACGACGACGGUUGGGCAGAACUGUAUCUGCGUUCAUUUCAUUAUGCCUUGAUUGCAGAUGGCCAUGACGCCGUCGUCUCGUCUCCGGCGAGUGACGAGUCUGCCAAGAGCUCACUCAACCUACCUCCCACAGACCGCAUACUGGCAUGUGAAUACGACAGCUGUCCAGCAGGCACCUUGACGCCGACGGGCACCAACGCCAGCGACACACGCCUGAACUGGGUCAACUCGUACCCGGCCACGUCGAUGGAGUACGGCAUCAACGAGUUCGGCCCGGGCAUCUGGGGCAACGGCACUGUGCCCGACCUCGCCGUGUCGGGUCCCAACGUGGGCUCCAACCUCGGCUUCAUCCAGGUCGAGUUCUCGGGCACCGUGGGCGCCGCGUGUUAUGCCGUCGACCAGGGCAUACCUGGCAUUGCCUUCAGCGGCCUCACGACGGGCAACCUGCCCUGGAACACGACGCCUGUGCCCCUGCGGAGCACGCUGUAUGCCGAGCUGGCCCUGAGCGUGACCAACACCAUCCUCGAGGCCGGUGCGCCGUAUUUGCCCGACGGCGUCUUCCUGAACGUCAACAUGGCCGAGGUCGAGGGCAACUGCACGGCUGCCAGUGACUUUGAGUACAUCCUCACGCGCAUCAACACGCCCUCUGCACUUUCGACGGCGGAUAUCGAGACUUGUGGCGACACCUGGCUGCCGACUGAGACCAGUGUUAUGGACACCGGGGGUUGCUACGUGACCAUCAGCGUGGGCACGUGCAGUGACAAGACGGAUGGAAGCGCCACAGAGCAGCAGACUGUUCUUGAUAAGCUGGGCAACCUUGUGACCUGCCUGGCGUCAUGAGUAAUCACCGCUGUGCCCCUCUGGUCCAUGCCAUUGUUCAUAGCGCCGUAAUUUUUAUUCAUAAUGAAAGCUAGCACUGAUGUCUUGACAUACAUAUGAAUCUGCAUGCAUGUAUCUUUUAG